GUCACGCUCUUUGUGGAAAUCAUUUUAGCUGUUUCGGAUACCGCCAUUCCGCUGUUUUGAAAACAGUGAUCGAUAGCAAUAGCAAAUUGAUACUUAGCCAGUUACAAUAAUUAUUCGUUGGAAAAUAACUUCUAUAAAAUUUUUUUUUGGAAUGGCGUUUAAAAAAAAUUAUUGGUCAGUUAUUAGAAGAACUUUUACAAAAUUGAUUUUAAGAAAGACUUUAGUUAAUGGCUGUAUUAUCUACUGCUUAGCUUUAAUCGGUGUUGUAAUUUAUAAAUAUAACUUCAGUGCUAACAAAAAGUUUCCUUUUGAUUCUGAUAACAAUGAAAUAUUGAAAGUGUCCAGUUUAAGUGAUCACAAAUUAUUCGUUUCUGAGUAUUAUGAAAUGAGAAAGUAUUGGCAGACUUCAAAACUUGGCUCGUUAUUGUUCAAAAAUGAAACUUUCGACCUUCAGGAGCAAAAUAAAACUUUUGUAAUAUUAGUGUGGAAGUAUUGGAAAUGGCUUAAAAGUAGACAUGUCAAUUUCUAUGGUCCCCGGAAGGAUGGGCGCAGUAUACUACAGGAAUGCAGUGUUAAAAACUGUGUAUUCACAGGAGACAACAGUUUGAUUAACUCAGUCGAUGCUGUGCUAGUGCACAUAAUGCAUGGGAUCUACCCUAAAGUCCAAAAUAGAAGUAUAAAUCAGAAGUGGGUCUUUCUCAAUGAUGAGUCACCAAAAUACGCUUUCUCUAAGGCCGCACAUGUGCAGCACCUAAAGAACUGGUCUAAUGUAUUUAAUUGGUCUAUGACCUAUAGAAGUAAUGCGGACGUCCCGGUUCCUUACGGUCGCACAGUGGCUUUGGACGUGCCAGUAAAAGAAAACGUUACGUACGAAUCCAUUGCGGAAUUGAUUCCUAACUUGCAGUACAAACGUUCUGACGUUCUUGUAGCGGUCGUUAUGUCGAACUGCCACGUAUCACAUAGGAUGAAGUUUUUGGAAGAACUGCAAAAGUAUAUUAAAAUUCAUAUUUAUGGACUGUGUUCGCCCGACCGUAAAGAGCGAUGUAAAGGUCACUUUAGAGAAGACUGCAAAGAUAUCAAUCACUACUAUUUCUAUCUAGUUAUGGAAAACUCAAUGUGCCGCCAAUAUUUGUCAGAAAAAGCAUUCCAUCUCGCAUAUGGAAAAGGGGCGAUUCCAAUUAUAUUAGGACCUUCUCUACACGACUGUAAAACAUUAUUGCCUCCAAAUUCCUUCAUACAUUCCGACGAUUUCAUAUCAUACAAGGUUCUAGCAGAUAAAAUCAAAAGUAUUAUCAACAAUGUCAAAGAUUACUUGUCAUAUCAUCUUUGGAGAAAUCAUUUUAAAGUUUUAAAUGAACAUGGAUACUUUGGAAGUAAGUCUUACCAUUUGUGUAGAUUAUGUGAAGCGUUGAACUAUAAUGACGACAAGCGAAAGAUAUAUAAAUUGGAUGACAUGCGCCUCUUUUUAGAUAGUAAUGUUUUAUGUAUGUUGUAAAUAGCAGAUAUAAAAAUGGUACCUAGCUAGGUAUGUAUAAUUAUUUUAAUUGCAAUUCAAUGGGUUCGUGACGUAGAUAUACAUAGGUAUUUAAUUAUACCUACAUAUUAUAACAAAAUAACAUCUAAAAGCUGACCUUUCAGCCAACAAGCAGAGGCCGCCCUUUUGUUACUAAAAAUAUUAAUUGGUAAGUUUUAUUUAUUUAAGUUGUCUGUUGUUGUUUUGUCAUUCUAGUACUAGGUCGAUAUACAGUGCAAGAAAGUAUAGAUAUAUGUCAAAUUUUACAUAGAAGGCUGCUCAAGAUAGUGGGCAAAUUAAAACAGUUGUAGUGUUCAAUUCGUGCAUUUACAUCGUUUCACUGUUUAUAGAAUAGAAUCGUCUCAAUAUUAAUGAAUUGUAGUUUCAUUAAUUAGUCGUAAUUUCUAAGUGAAAGAUUUACGCAACUCAAAAGGGAAAUUUCCUUUAGCCCAAACAAUUACUCUGAACCCGCAAAUUAUUCCAGGGAGUUUUGAAGGUUCCCUUGAGAUUCUUGACGAAACAAAUCAGUAGAUGAGUAAAAAUUUUAUACAUUGGGACGGUUCAUUUCAAUUAUAUUUAUUUAUGCCUACCUAAGUAGAGUAACACGUAGCUAUCACCACACGAACUUUACUGGGAAAAUAAUUUAAGAAUAAAUUGAUACCUAACUUGAUAUUA